AUGCGUGUAAGUCGUGUGCCAUUGCGCUGCAUCUGCAUUUGCGUUGCCAAGAUGGACGUGACCCUCCUGUUACUAAUCCUCAUCCUUCGGGUCCUCCUUGUUCAAGGAACGGACAUCGAGGGUACUAUUGUUGCGCCAAUAGGCGCGUCUCCCAAUUGGGCUGCUGAGACGAAGGUCCGCGUCGAUGGAAACCGUUACCUAGGUUUUGUCAAGCCCGAUGGCAGCUUUAUCAUCUCCGAUGUCUCUCCUGGCUCCUACCUAGUGGAGUUUACCAAUCCCACUUUCCUCUUUCAGCCCGUAAGAGUUGAUAUUAACUCCAAAGGAAAGAUUCGAGCUAGAAGCGUUAAUUUGCUACGAACCACUGCUGUCAAAGCUGUGACCCAUCCUCUUCGUAUUGUAACUGUCGGCAAAGCCAUGUACUUCCAGCCUCGUGAGCAGCUCCGCACGCUGGAUCUACUUCUCAAUCCAACAGUCCUGUGCAUGGUUAUACCUCUCCUCUUUGUAAUGCUUAUCCCGAAACUCAUGGACACCAACGACCCAGAAUUCAAGGAGAUGCAGAAGAAUAGCAUUUUCGGUGGCCGCAGUGCUGAAACACCCGACAUAAGUGAUUAUCUCUCAUCGGUGUCACUUCUCGGUGGAAGUAGCACCAAAAAACAGCCACCCAAAAAGGCAAUCACCGCGACCGCUACGUCUACUCACUCCGCGGCGCAGGAAUCGCGUAGGGGCGGCAAUACCCGAAGACGCAAUUAA